AUGGAUGGGAGGAUCUACGUUAUUGGACCUGAUGACUUCUCCUCAGAGUCAAAGAAGGUGGUGGUGUUCAAUACCGAAACACAAACGUGGGAGCCUGAGAUGACAACGAAGGCAGGGAUAGAGAUAGAUGACCUUUGGAUAUUUGGUUAUGCGGUGGUGAUGGGUGGUGUUAUGUACAUGAGGGAGUUUCAUAAGAGCUUUGUUUACGAGCCAAAGGAAAGCAAAUGGGGAAUGGACGAGGUACUGGAUUCCAAGGUGUGGGGGAUGGCGUGUGUCGUUGACGAUGUUUUGUACUACCACGAUUCUUGUAAGAACAAGUUGAGAUGGUAUGACCCAAAGCGGAGGUGUUGGGGAGUGGUGAAAGGCGUGCAAGAGUUCUUGGCUGGGACGCGUGAUUAUGGGUAUAUACAGUGUGUGUGUUACGGCGGGAAGCUGGCUUUGGUGUGUCCUAAAGGAGGUAAGAGUAGUGAGCAAGUAAGGACGGAGGUUUUUUUUGCUGAGAUUUCUCUGGAAAGAUGCAAAGGAGGUCAGAUGUGGGGUGAAGUUGAUCACUCGUGUGAUCUUGCUUUGGCUGUUACUGGUGGUAAAUUUAACAUUAGGAAACCUCUUGUUGUUGUGGUUUGA